AGCAUCUGAACAAGCAGAAGGCAAGGACAAACAAAACCCCACGUUUUCAACACAUCUGAAACACAUUUGUGUUGAAAACAUAUCUCACUCUUCAGGAUGGACUUUUGUCCUUCUGAGUCAACUGAUUUGAGCGAGGCUGAAGAGACUGAAAUAGAGACAAUCAGGCAGCACAAACAGGGGCUUUUGGAGGACAUUAAGAAGCUGAAGGAGGAGAUUGCUGAAGUGUUUGCAGAGAUCGAGCGUUUCCAAAAUGCAGAGAGGCAAGAGGCAGACAAUAAUCCUAGAGAACAGACCAGCAAACUGUCACAGAGGGAUAAAAUUCUGUCCCUGGGCCGGAAGAAAUUCAACAUGGAUCCUGCAAAGGGGAUCCAGUACCUGAUUGAGCACCAGGUAUUAUCCUCAGACCCGCAGGAGAUCGCCAAAUUCCUCCACAAGGGUGAAGGUCUGAACAAGACAGCCAUUGGGGAUUACCUGGGUGGGAGGGACCCCACAAACAUUCAGAUCCUCCAAGCCUUUGUGGCAUGUCACCAGUUUGCCCACUUAAACCUGGUGCAGGCACUGAGACAGUUCCUGUGGAGCUUCCGGCUGCCCGGGGAAGCACAGAAGAUUGACCGGAUGAUGGAGGCCUUUGCCAACUGGUACUGCAAGUGUAACCCAGGAGUAUUCCAGUCCACAGAUACCUGUUACAUACUCUCCUUCUCUAUCAUCAUGCUUAACACCAGCCUGCACAACCCCAAUGUGAAAGACAAACCCCACUUCGAAAGGUUUGUAUCCAUCAACAGAGGCAUUGACAAUGGAGGGGACCUGCCAGAAGAGCUCUUAAAGAAUCUGUUUGAGAGCAUAAAGAAUGAACCGUUCUCCAUACCAGAGGAUGAUGGCAACGACCUCACCCAUACUUUCUUCAACCCUAACCGUGAGGGCUGGCUGCUGAAAUUAGGAGGACGUGUGAAAACCUGGAAACGCCGCUGGUUCAUUCUGACAGAUAACUGCCUGUACUACUUUGAAUAUACCACGGACAAAGAGCCUCUGGGCAUUAUCCCCUUGGAGAACCUAUCAGUCCGGAAGGUGGAUGAUCCCAAAAAGCCAAACUGCUUUGAACUCUACAAUCCCAACUGCAAAGGGCAGAAGAUCAAAGCCUGCAAAACAGAUGGGGAUGGGAAGGUGGUUGAAGGCAAGCAUCAGUCCUACAAGAUCUCAGCAGCCACACCAGCAGAACGUGAUGAGUGGAUUGAGGCAAUACGAACCAGCAUCACACAGGAUCCUUUCUAUGAUCUGAUCUCUGCCCGUAAGAAAAAGAUUGCCAGCAAAAACUGAACCCUGACCUGGUCACUAGCCUCAGGAAAGCAUAGGUUGGUGGACAGCUUCCCUCUCUUACUGGGCUAUUCCAGUGAAGAAAUUUGGGAGCGUUGGUUUCCUCUGCCUCCCACUUGGCAAGAAGAUAAACGACAGGACAGCUUGCCAGGUUUGCUUCUUCCCUUUCCAAACUGAAGGCAGUGGUGCAGGGUGCAAUCCACUGAGGACUGUCAGAACUGUGGGCACGGAGUUAACGCAUGUCCGAACGCAAAGGCUCAACAGCAACUGACCUUUGGGUUCUCCCAUACAUCCCCAGACAUGUAGGACAGGAUCUGAGAGGAGACAAGAAUGUCUGCAGAAUGUCUCUGGCCCCUUCCACAAUGAAAUCAGGCCAGACUAUUUUUCUGUGAGGAUCCAUGUAGAUGUUCUUGGAGCAGCUGAGCAUAGUCCAGUCGGUUGGAGAGCAGAAAGGCCCCAGUGGUUUCUCUUCCACAAACAGACGUGUAGUGUUUGUGGAGUGGAGGCCACUACUGUUUAGGACCUCACUGUGAAACCAGAGGCCAAGGUACGAUAAAAAGCCCUCAGUUCAGAAGAAAUCCCUCUCUCCCUCUUCCCAUAGCUGUGAGGGCUGUAACCCUGGGAAGUCCCUGCUCUGUAACUGACUCAUAGGUUUUAAAAAGUUAGAGGUGUUGGAUCCCUAUCCAACAUAAGGGAUAACUGAGCAUAGAGAAGCGGUGGGAACAAGGAAGCAGCUCUGGGUCUUUUGUUUCUCUGUUUUGAGCCUUGGGGACGACCACAGGUUUCCCUAGGGAAGAAACCCAAACACUAGCUCUCCUGAUUGAUGGCUGCCCAACAAAGGUUGAUUCCUUGUACCAGCCCAGAGGCCUGGUAUCUGAAAGGCUUUCAGCCAGAUGGCAUGAAAAACUGAAGGUGCAUACACCUCCCCCACACUAGCACACUCACACAGGGGCAUUCCCAUCUUCACACAUCGGUGUCGUCUGAUGUCUCGGGGGUUUUGUCUCUUGUGUAAAAAAAGAAAUAAAAGUGCUUGAA